AUGCAUAACCUGCAGAAGAAGAGAAUGGAGGCAUCCUGCCUGGAACUGGCCCUGGAAGGAGAACGCUUAUGCAAGGCUGGGGACUUCAAAGCUGGGGCAGCCUUCUUCGAAGCAGCGGUGCAGGUCGGGACAGAGGACCUGAAGACUCUCAGUGCCAUCUACAGUCAGCUGGGCAAUGCCUAUUUCUACCUAAAGGAGUACUCCAAGGCCCUGGAGUACCAUAAACAUGACCUUACCCUGGCCAGAACCAUCGGGGACCGCAUUGGAGAAGCCAAGGCAAGUGGCAACCUUGGGAAUACAUUGAAAAUACUUGGGCAGUUUGAGGAAGCUGUCGUUUGUUGCCAGAGACACUUGGACAUUUCUCAGGAGCAGGGAGACAAGGUAGGUGAAGCCAGAGCACUCUAUAAUAUAGGAAAUGUUUACCAUGCAAAGGGAAAGCACUUAUCUUGGAAUAUGGCCCAAGACCCAGGCUACCUGCCUCAAGAAGUCAAGGAAACGCUACAGAAAGCUUCGGAAUAUUAUGAGAGAAACCUGUCCCUGGUGAAGGAGCUGGGGGACAGAGCUGCACAGGGCCGUGCUUAUGGCAACCUUGGCAACACCCAGUACUUACUUGGCAACUUCAGUGAAGCUAUAGCCUUCCACAAAGAGCGCCUCGCUAUUGCGAAGGAGUUCGGGGACAAGGCAGCCGAGCGGAGAGCCUACAGCAACCUGGGCAACGCACACAUCUUCCUUGGGAGGUUUGACAUCUCUGCUGAGUACUACAAGAAAACACUCCAGCUCUCCAGACAACUCAAAGACCAAGCAGUAGAAGCCCAGGCUUGCUACAGUCUUGGAAACACAUACACACUGCUUCAAGACUAUGAAAGGGCAAUUGAGUACCAUCUAAAACACCUGGUGAUAGCACAGGAGCUGGGAGACAGGGUGGGAGAAGGAAGAGCCUGCUGGAGUCUCGGAAAUGCCUACGUCUCCCUGGGGAGCCAUGAACAAGCCUUGCACUUUGCAAGGAAACAUCUUGAAAUCUCCCAAGAGAUCGGGGACCGGAACGGUGAGCUGACAGCACAGGUGAACAUAGCCCAGCUCAAGUCAGCCCUUGGCUUGGGCCCCGGGGAUGAGGACAUGGGCAUCGCUCACCACUACUCUGGCUAUGAAGCACAAGGAGCCAGGCCAAAGAGAUUCCAAAGGAACAGCAUGGACAGCUUAGACCUCCUGAAGUUCCCUUCUGAAAAGAAAAUCAACCGGACCCCUUCGGAUGAGGAAUGCUUCUUUGACCUGCUGAGCAAGUUCCAGAGCAACCGGAUGGAUGAUCAGCGCUGCCCGUUGGAAGAAUGCCCAUCGGAGGCUGCAGAGGCCCCUGCCACACCGGUCCCUGCCCUGGAAGAACGGAUAUCCCAGUCCUCCUUAAUGGCGUCUCCGCAGACAGAGGAGUUUUUCGACCUCAUCGCCAGCUCCCAGAGCAGACGACUGGAUGACCAGCGUGCCAACGUGGGCAACCUGCCAGGCCUCCGGAUAACACACAACAACCUGGGGCACCUGCGCGUGGAGGGGGAUGCCCAGGAGCCCGGGGACGAGUUCUUCAACAUGCUGAUGAAGUGCCAGUCCUCCAGGAUAGAUGACCAGCGCUGUGCGCCUCCAGACUCCAUUCCCCGUGGCCCCACGAUGCCAGAUGAAGACUUCUUCAGCCUCAUCCAGCGCGUCCAGGCAAAACGCAUGGACGAGCAGCGGGUGGAUUUGGCCUCAGCCCAGGAGGAGGCAGGAGAGGAGCAGCAGAGGCCUAGUUCCAGCUAA